UUAAUUAGCUUACAAAAAAGGUAGGCAUAAUAAUUGCUUUCCAAAAAAUUUUAGUUUUCUAUUUUAAAUUUGUAAUAGAAAAAUAAAACAAUUCCGCAGACCAGUUCGAUAAGUUAGUGGCAGAAAAACAGCUUACCAACACUGCCCCUAAAUCAGCUGUAGUAAAUUUUUUGUUUGUUAUGAGGCGAAUUUUUAUAAAUUUUGUUUCGUUGUAAAGAAAACAGCCAAGCAGCGGCGAAACUACUACGAAAAGUCUAUCUUUUUGCAAAACGCAACACAAAAUCUUUGGGCGUGUGUAAUGUUAGAGUAAAAACGAGAAAUACUUAAACAAGAGAUCCGUUUACAGUCUACAACAAACUAGAAUGGCUGAAGAGCCGAUAAAUGCAGCACUUGCCACGCCCCCCUCGCCCAAUGAACAAACUGCCGACAUAUUUAAAUUAAACAAUGAUUGCCUGGAUUGCAUAUUUGAGCGUCUACAGGAUCUUCGCAGCGAGGUGGCCUUUGCCAAAGUAUGUCAACGCUUUCAAUGGAUUUGCUUGAAUCGUUGGCGCAGUUCGCAUGCUUAUGAUCAGCUUGACAUCGAGAAGUGGCGCGAGCUGUUGCCCAACUAUGAGGAUUUGUGUUAUUUCAUGAAACAAAUGCGUCCGCAUAUCAAACAUAUCAAUGUCUCGAGCUGUCUAUGCACAUUGCUGCGUGACUUAGACGAAAUGCAAAUCUAUGUGCUGCCCAAUGUUACGAGCUUCUAUUAUGAUCCUGAGGAUAUGGACUGUUAUCCCUCGGAUCGCAGCAUAUUUAAGAUGGCCAAAAUGAUGCCAAAUUUGCUGCGUUUGCGUCUAACCACGCCUAUUCAGGGGCGUUACCUCUCGUACUUCCGCCAUCUGCAGGAGUUGCAUUUGUAUGAGGAUCAGCACAAAGCCUACGAAUUGCAACAGCAGUAUCUGGAUGAGAUUUGCAGUCAACUACUCAAUCUGAAAGUGCUGGACAUACGCAUGUACGAUGUGAUCAGUAAGCUGCGUCUUAACAACUGUGUGGACUUUCUGCAGAAUCUCAGCAUAUUAAAACUGAAUCUUGCUACGCUUAAAUCUAUAUUGCCCGAAGUUUUGAAACUACCAGCGCUUAAGCAAUUGGUGGUGCUGCUCGAUACCGAGUGGUCCAUUCCACCGUUGGCCAGCGUGGAUAGUUUCGAUCACAAAAUACGUGAAGUGCAUGAAUUCUAUGAAAUCAUGGAGCGCAAGGCACCGGACAUCAUUGGUUUUGCUGUCGAUGGUUAUUACAUGCCACUGGAGCCGGGCUGGGAUGCGGAUUUGCCCAUUUGGUCACAUAACAAACUGCAGCGUUUAGCCAUUUGCAGCUGGACACAUCCCAUUGAGUUUCUGGAACGCUACACUUGCAUGACAAAUCUUCAAAUGCUCUGUCUGCGCAAUUGGACUUGUUUGUGCGACGAUAUGUUGGUCAAGUUCAUUGAAUCGUGUCCACGCCUGCACCAUUUGGACGUCUCUUAUUGCCGGGAGAUAACACCCAAGUUCUUAGAACGUGCACUUGGCAUUUUGAAAGAACGUGUAGCCAAUAAACAACGUACAGGAUAUGUGAUUACGCGCCCAUUACUUCUUUAUUAUGUUCUUAGUGGAUUUGAAGAUUAUGUUGAUCAAAAGAAUCUUAAGAAUUCGCCCGAUUAUAAGGAUUACAUUAUGUUUAUGGAUGAAUUUCCCGUUAGCUCUGAAAGAGGUCUCAGCUUUGUAGAUAGGGGCUAUCAAUUUGAGUUUGAGUAAAGCGACAGGCUGCGCUCUCUUCUCUUUUUUCUUGUAUAUAACUAAACAUUGCAUCAUUUACUGUAAAUUUAUUUAGUUUCGUCACAUAUUCUGUACAUUUUUUUAUGUUUUUGUGUUAAACAAAAGACAAAUAGUGGACAAUUGCAUUAGAUACAAAACUUUUUAAUUUGUAUGUGUACAUAAAGAUUUAUGUACAAUUUAUUAAAGUUCAAGUUGAGUGCAACAGACGGAAAAUUA